UUUUGCUGUUGUGAUUGGGUGGAUUGGUUCCUUAAAUACAUUUUUCGAAGUUGUUUUCCUUUCUUGACAUUUUGAACAAGAAUUUACAUAAUUGUAGACGUCUGAUGCUAAUCUUUUCCAGAAAAAUCUCUUUUUUACUUUUUCUAAAGUUUUUGUAAUUCCUAAAUGGGCUCCUAUUAAUUCAUUCUCAUGGCAUUCCCUGAUUAUUCUUUCCCUUAAGGGUUGUGGUAUAGCUAUUACUGGGUAUGUAUCAUUUCCUUUUUCAAUCCAUUUAUAUAAGAUUUUAUCGAUUAUUGAAAAAUUUUCUUGUGGGUUUUCAUUUUCUGUCUCUAGUUCUAUUAAAGGAUUUUCUUUUCGUUCGUUUAACUUUUUUAUAAUUUCUUUGUAAUUUCUGUCUUUAUUUUGCUCUUCCCUUAUUUCUUCUAAAGAAACCUUUUCCCAAAUUAUUGGUGGAUUGUACAGCUUUUUUGGUAAUUCAAAAUCGAUGGGAUUGUCUCGGGUUUUUUCUUUAAAUUUAUUUACAAAGUCUUGCCAUUCGUUUAUUUCCAAGGCAAAAAUGUCUUUAUUUGCAUUGGGUUCAUUGUUUGGGUAUCUUGAGAGAUGGUCACAAAAUUUAUUGGAUUUUCCACUUCGGUGUUCGAUUUUAAUGUCGUAGGCUUGUACCGCUAGUUGGUAUUUAGCCAUUCUUCCAACUAAAUUUUUAUUUUUCAUUAAUGAACAAGCGACUGAAUUAUCUGUCCUGAUAAUUGUGGUUCCAAUACCUUCAAUAUAAGGGCGGUAUUGCUCUAGGCAAUAAACGAUCGCAAGCGCUUCUAAUUCGGCUGUAGUGUAUUUUUGUUCAUUUGGAGUGGUUUUUCUAGAGGAAAAUGAAAUAGGGUGUUCUCCGUCGUCUUUCUUCUGGAGUAAGCAACCUGCGAUUGCGAUUUUUGAAGCAUCUGUUUCAAUUAUAAAGGGUCUUGAAAAAUUGGGUGAAGCUAGUACUGG